AUGGAUCAAGCAGACAUCCCCGCCCUCCUCUCGCGCCUCUCCAGCGACGAGGAUGCCAUGCGCAAGAUGGCAGUCUUCAAAUUACAGUCUUCAAUCAACGAUCCCGCAUUCGCAGAUGUAUUCAUAUCCUCGGGCGGCCUCAACAUCCUGCGCCGGCUCAUCAUGUCCACUGGCGGAAACACCCUCGCAUACUCCCUACAGUCGCUGAGCCGACUCCUCGAAGUAGAUAUGGGCUGGGAGAUAUUCGAGUCUACUGGGGCAGGAGAGUUGGUGGAGAGGGUGGUAGAGCUUAUCGUGGUGCAUCCUCUGGUCAAUAUCCUGCGCGGUGCAAUGUCGAUCCUGGUGGCUAUUGUGUCCCAUCCGCAGUCGGCGAGGGGUGCUAUAAGGAUACCUGGGGCGUUUGGAUUCCGAGCUUUGAAGCCAGCUGUGGCUGUAUACCCUCAGUUCUUCGAGAUGGUGGUAUCGCAGCUGAAUUCGGCGGAUCAUGCGCUAUGCGCCAACGCGUUGAUGUUGCUCAAUGCUUUGAUGCGGGAUGCGAUUACGAAUGACAGCGGGAACCCAAAGGAUGGAAUGGGAAAGAGUAGCGGGACGGGAGAGGAGUGGCCGAAAUUUAUAAAGAGGCUGCAAGAUCUCGGGGUGAUCAAGGCGGUCUAUGUUUUGAUGCAGAGCUCUGCGUUGCAGGACUUGGCACAUCCACUGUUAGAAUUUCAGGCAUUGACAAAAGUUCUGCUGAGGAAAUGGAGGGAUGUGAGAGUAGAUCUCGAAAGGCCGGAGCAUCGACGAGCUUUGAAAGGGCUACAUUUGGCCAGUGCGCCUGAGCGAAAGGAUAUGAAUGGUAAUGGAGGAACACCAAGAAUAGAGGAGAUGGCAGCAGACUCGUCCAAGAAAGGAAGUAGGCGGCACAAUCCAGAGAAAUGGCGACGAUUAGGCUUCGAAACAGAAAGCCCUGCUUGGGAGUUCGAUGCUGCUGGGUUUCUUGGAAUGAUGGACUUGACCGACUAUGUGCGGAAACAGGAGGAUGGAUUUCAAAAGCUGCUUCUGGAACAAUCCUCUCGGGCCAUGAAUGAACGAUGUCCGAUUGCACGGUCUAGUCUUGCUGUCACGACGAUCCUAUACGAACAUUUCGAGGUUGACAAGUCGGAUGUUGAGGAUGCAAAGAGCUAUCUGAUUUUGGACGGAAUGAAGAAUUACGACAAGAUAUUCAGGCCACUCCUACUACAGUGGUCGCGACUCCAUACUGCGUGUUUACAAGCAUUCUUCAGAUUGUGGAAAGCAACUGGCGCGGAACAGGACGAUUUUGACAAAGUGGCAGAACUGGUUAGGAUAUUGGUUGAACAGGUUGUUGGGCAAGCCUCCAGAACAAAGGAUGUUCAGGAAGUGGAAGAAGAACUCGGAGAGUUUGACUACACACGCUUACGCGAGCUGCAAAUGGAACUCCUAGAGCUGACCUUCGAGGAUGAAUGGGGUCAGCAUUUGCAUCAAGUUCGAGAUGAGCUCAAGCACGAAGCUCUGCAGUUUGUGAAGGAGCAGAGGAUACGAUGUCUUUUAUCAGGAGCUUGGUUCCCAAGAUCUCUUCUGAACAAGAAUGAUACAAUUCGCAAUGGCACCCAGAGGACAUCUUCAACCACAUACAGAUAUGUGGGUCUGUCACACAAUCGACGAUAUCUCCAUUACGCAGACUUUGAUGCACAGACAACAAAAGAGCCUCCUUUGGACGAACUGAGCGAGAAGAUAGAUCUGAGCACGAUCAGCUCCGUCGUAUCGAAUGUUUCAGCUGCAACAGAUGACAGCUCAAGCAUUUCAUCGACAUCAACUCUCAAAUCGCUUUCUCACACGCCGAAGCAGAGCUCAACGACCAAGAUUACUAUCAACAGUUUCGUUGGUGGUUCAGACAACAAAUCCCAAUCAUCGCACCAAGAAGCUACUGAGCGGGCAAUCCUGACAUUGAUGCCACCAACCCACAGUCUUGCAUCGGAAUGGCUCGACGGCCUUCUAAUGCUGUUGAAUCAAGCACCAAUCACUGCUGAAACGAACAAGUUAGUCAAUCUGGUUAGCGAAUAUGGCUUGAAGAUCCGACUUUUGAAUGUCCGCCUGGAUGAUGGAUAUGCCGGACCUCCUGAGGGCGCUGGAGUCGUCCCUAGCAGGGAGGGCUUGGACGAGGACUACUAUUACGAGGUGUAG